GAGGCCUGGCUGGAGAUGAACCCGGGGUACGAGGUGGCCCCGCGCUCCGACAGCGAGGAGAGCGGAUCCGAGGAGGAGGAGGAGGAGGAGGAGGAGGAGCAGCCCCAGCCGGCGCAGCCGACGCUUCCCGUGGAGGAGAAGAAGAAGAUUCCGGAUCCCGACAGCGACGACGUGUCGGAAGUGGACGCCCGGCACAUCAUCGAGAAUGCGAAGCAGGACGUGGAUGACGAGCACGGGGUGUCUGUCUCUCCUUUCUGUCCCUCUGACCUCCCCAUUCCCAAUGUUUUUUCCCAGGAAUGCAAAGCAGGACAUGGAUGACGAGUACGGGGUGUCUGACCCUCCCUGACCAUCCCUGACCCCCGUAUCCCGAUAUUUUUUCCCAGGAACGCCAAGCAGGA